AUGAACCUGCUGCCUGAGCUGGGACCUGUUGGCCGGCUCGUGAUUGUAACUUUAUCAUGUAUUCUGCAAAUUGUAGCUGUGAGUGGCAUGGGCUAUAUUAUGGCCCGGGUGGGCGUGCUUGACCGACGCAUGCAAAGUAAGCUCAAUAAGCUCAAUGUGUCUGUGCUCACGCCCGCGUUGCUCUUCGGCAAAAUUGCGUUCUAUCUCACGCCCCAGCGUCUCACGGAGCUUGCGAUUGUGCCGGCUGGCUUUUUGUGUGUGUCUGUGAUAUCUGCCCUGGCGGCCGCGCUCACGUCGCGCUUGCUUCGUGUCCUUCCAGGGCAGCGCAACUUUGUGAUGGCCUGCUCUAUCACGCCCAACUCGAAUACGCUACCUGUGGCCCUUAUUUCCUCGCUUGUAUAUUCGGUGCCGGAGUUGCACUGGGUCGAGAAUGGCCAAGACUCGGAUCAGCCCGAGCUCAUGUUUGGUCGGGCCCUGACAUACCUCGUCAUGUUUUCUACGCUCGGCACGGUGCAGCGAUGGAGUAUCGCUGCCAAACUCUUGGAGGGCGUGAAGGGCAUAUCCAAUUUUUACUACGGAUCCGACCAUCCGAGCCGCUCCGGAUUUCGCGAUGACGUCACGGACCCCCUCAUUGACGAGCAUCAUCGUUCACAGUUUGCCGACCGCAACUCGAUUCUACUCCAUGCCCCUGCCACCAGCUCGCCACUUCGGUCUGAGCUGCUGGCCGACGAGGCUCAAGAGGCGGAUACGCCGUCUGUGCCUGCCCCUCCUUCGCAUGGGUGGGCGUACGCAGUGACCAGGCCCAUGAUCCGCUUUUGGCACGCGUUCCUGAAUUUCAUGACUGUGCCGCUAUGGGCAGCAUUGCUGAGCUUUAUCAUUGUUCUUUUACCGAAAGUCCAAAAUUUUGUCAAGUCCGUCGACCCGUUUGUUGAUGCGGUUGAGCAGCUAGGACAAUGCAGUGUGCCCAUGUCGAUUCUCGUUCUGGGCUCCUAUUUCCACGACUCGGACGAGGAUGAGUCCAACGUGACAAACCACGGCUCGAUGAUGUCUGCGAGAGAAGACGCCCCUGAUGCACACGAGCAUGCGGCUGAGGCCGCGUGGGAAAAGCGGAUGACUUGGCGCACCAUCGUCGCUGCAAGUGCGAGUCGCAUGAUUGUGACGCCGCUCCUCAUGCUGCCUCUCGUCGCAUACGUGUGCUUGACCAACGAUACGGAGGUGGUCGGUGAUCCUGUCUUUAUUGCAUGUGCAUGCCUGGUGAUCGGCUCCCCACCUGCUCUUACGCUGGCCCAGAUCUCGAGGCAGCGUGGCGAUCCCUCCAGCAACCUCGAAGCACUCAUUAGUGGUACCAUCUUUGUGUCUUACAUCUUCCUCACGGGCCCUGUGACUGUGCUGCUAGUGUUUUUCGCGCUAUACAUCGACAAAAUGCAGGCCCUGUUCCUAUAG